AGGCGAAACUGGAAGAAACAAAUUAUUUACUUCGAUUUUUGAAUUAGUGCUAGUAGAGCAGUCGUAGCCUAACCGCCUUUUAUUUAUUUCUGUUUGCCUGGUAGUUGUUUGAAUUAUAUUUCAGACUCUUUGUUGGAGCGCCUUCUUGGGCCUCAAUACCACGACAUUUUCGUCGUCGGUUAGCAUGUCUCUUCUUUGAUGAGCAUUAUCUUUCCUCCGUUUUAGUGGUACACGCACAUCCAAAGCAAAAUGGCGAAGCAAGGCGGAGACGGAGAGAAGAUUGACUAUGUCAAUAUGAAGUUUAAGGGGCCGCAGGCAUACGAGCUGCAAUCUGACUAUCGCUGACCGGCCACUGGUUCGACUUCGAUUUCGAAUGAGCCUCUGCACGCCAGUCACUCGUCACACGACACCAUCCAAUGGCAAAACGCGUUUUUUAGUGUAUGCGACUUCGCGAUUAUAUUAUGUAUGAAUAUGCUUUCAUCUUACUCUUACAUGUACCAGCUCCACGAGCUGCUGCGAACAGACACGCACUGUAUGUAGAAAGUAAGAGUAAAAGCUGCAUGGAUGAUGAUCAUUGUGUAUAUGUUCUUUCGUAACCCUUUUGUAACUGUAGAGUCGAUAUCGAACGCGCCAGUUCCGGCGAACGAUAGGGUGCUUUAAAGCCAUAAGCUCCCAAGUUGGCAGGUCUGGCCGAUGCCCAAAGGCUGGGUGGAGAAGGUGCACAACCCCAAGUAUUGCUACGAAGGACCAGGGCACGAGAAGUGGAAAUAUCAAGGUACAUAGUUUUUUAUGAAAAGAAUAAGACUUAAGUGUGUCUUGGUAAAACAAGGAGUUUAACUUUGAUAGGCUACGUGCUUUAGCUUUAAGUAGCCGACCAAGAACCCGACACGACCUCUCUGACAGCAUCAUUGCUCUGCAUUCCGUUGUUGCGGUUCAUCCAUAUUGAAUAAUUUGAUUGGUUUCAGUUUGGUGAUACCAAUUUAUUUAUUGUAGAGGAAAAGCGUGAAAUUGAGAAUGACAAACCACGCCCGGAUAUGAAUUGCCUCUCUGUAGUGACGUCGUCGUCGUCCUCCAAUGUAUUACAUAUACAACAAAAAGACUGGUGGGACCCGGCAAGAAUAAAAUCCACGAAAUCCACGACUACCUUAUUUACAGGGAAAUAUAUAACGAAGGCUGAUGCCUAUGCGGCCAUGAAGCUCUACCAGCUGGAACAGUACAGGACCUAUGUUAAGCUGCACAAAGCGGAAAACCACAAGGAAAUCCAGGAGGCGGAGGUGGUCGCAGCUGGGCUGCGUCCUUGGUUCAAAGAGCGACAAGCUGACAAAACGAAGGUUUUUUUGUCUUUCCUGUGCUUUUCUAGAAACGCAAACGCAACUGAGGUUGAAUUUUGUAAAGUUUUUUUUUCUUCAAGGAAAGUCCGCGCAGGGUCGCCUUUCAAAAAUCGUGGUCAUUGCGAUUGAUCUUCUCCUUUCAGGUAAAGAACGUUCGGGCAAAACCUGGGGAGGCGAAAGCCAAGGAGCCAAAAGAGAAAAAAAAAGUAGACACCCGUCGCAUUCAACCACCUGCGACCAAAUUCAACUGGAUAUACCAGAACGAGAAGCUCUUUGACGGCUUCAAAUUUGUGAAAACAACCUCAUCGCAGAUCUUCGAGGGACCACCGUACAAAGGUAUGACAAUCUUGAACAUCAUGAUCAACAAGCAGCAUCCGUUCUGUAUCUCAGUUCGUCCCCGGUGGAAGAAUUUCACAUACACAUAGUUUCAGUUUGUCUACGAUUAUGCACUAGACAUGUUGCAUAACUUUCGAAACAGAGCAUCAAACCCAGAUUUAAAGCUGAUUUUUCUGCAUCCUGUUGACAACUGAACUUCUACCAGCAACUGCAACUAAAAUUCACUUAGGGCACCCUACCGAGCCCGACGGCAAGGACAGAAGGAGGCACCCAUCGAGCUACCAGUUUAUCGCGGAUAUGCUACAGCACAACCGAGCCAAGACAGAAAAGUUUUUGAAGGAAAACGGCUUCGACGGCGUGAAAGAAGUAGCGCUGGCCUACAAGAUUCUGAAGGGCGAGGAAGACGACUACUGGACGUACGAAAGCAAGAAACCAGGAGGGCGCGGAAACAACGAGAAAAAGAGUAAGGCGGCUGGCUCAACAAAGCAAACCUCGAGCAAAGGCACCAGCAACAAGAAGGGCACGUCCAGUAGCUCGUCCAACAGUAGUAACUCGAGCGACUCGUCGUCGAGCGAUUCCUCCAGCGAGGAUGACAAGGCGAAGGACAAGAAGCCGUCAAAAACUGGCACAGCUUCCGCUUCAUCCUCUGAUCAGGCAUCCAGCAAGCAAGAUGCGAAGAACGCAACUACUGCACGCAAGCCUUCCCCCCCGCCUCCGGAAAAUAAAGCCUCUGCCUCGGCGGCUGCUUCGGCGUCAGGUUCUGCAACCGUCACCGCAACGAGCAGCAAGCCAGCCUUGGACAAGAAUGUCCUUUCGAAAAGCAACCAGGAGCCCGCCGCGCCGUCGUCCUCCUCCUCCUCCACCGCAGGAAACAAGAUGACCGGCAAAGGCAAGCCGGUACCUGCAUCCUCCUCCUCGUCUGCGACUGCGGGCGCUGCUGCAACCGGGAAAUCUUCCGACGACAAAAAGCCGGUGGGAUCGCCUUCGUCCUCACCGCCGGAAACAAAUGAAUAUGGAGAAGAAGUGCUCCGGAAAGCCGAUGGAACCAUAGAUUGGAACAAUCUGAAGUUCAAAGGCACUGUGGUGCCCGACCUUUGGGCGAUGCCUCCCGGCUGGGUGUAUUUGAAAGCGAAUCCAAGAUUCUGCUACGAAGGACCCGGAGCACAAAAUUGGAAAUAUGAAGGUACUUGAUUGAAGAUGAAUAGAUGUGAUGCUCCAAGUUGUACCCAGUGUUGAGAUUUACUAUUUAUAUAUUAGAAGAAGAUACUGUGCGUUUAUAGACGAUCUACUUGUUCUUGGUCGCUUUCAUUUCCGCAAGCAAGGUGCUGGUGCAAGCACGACAAAUAGAAUUCGAAUGCCAAAGCGAAAGCCAAAUUCUACUUUCAUGAACGAAAUAUGAAACUUCGACAGGCAAAUACAUGACCCGUGGCGACGCCUUUGCAGCUAUGAUGACAUAUCAGCGAAAAGAGUUCGACCAGUUUGUGAAGGAGCAUCAGUGUGAAAAUUUCAAGGAGAUCCGCGAAGCGAAAGCAAUCUUCGAGGGCAAGCGAAUGUGGUACCACGAAAGAAUGAAGGACCCAAAUAGAAUCAAAGAAAAUCGGGCGAAGCCAGGGACCAGGGAAAAAAAGGAAAAAGGCAAGGGAAUGAAGGUUAUGAACACACGCUUGCCCAAACCAACCACAUUCAAUUGGCAGCACAUCAACAAUUAUCAUCCGAACACUUUGGCAAGCAGUGCAGGAGUUGGGAUCUAAAAGCAGACAAAAGUUGUGCAAACAUGGUUACAACUUCCAUGUUGCGUAUAGCAUUUGCGUUGUUGUCGUUCGCUGCAGCUCUGAAAUCUCACUUGACCUGCCAACCAGGGCAGAGUGGUGUGUGCCCGGCUGUUCCUGAUUUGGAUUUGCAUUUUCCCAUGUGUUGCGGGACAGACGGGUCUUGCUCUGUGACUAAUGUCCUUGCAACCCGCACAAGUAUCAUCCAUGUUCGUGGAAAAACAUGCUUGUGUGUCCCCAACUACGAGGACCUAGAGCCAAUUACUUCUGCUCCUCUCCUGCAAGAAUGUAAGCCCGAGUUUUUGAAUUCCAUAUUUUCUUCCCUGCAGGGUGGUCCUUCGCGAUAAGCGCUAACGGAUGCACUCGCAACUUCCACGGGCCCCCUCACAAGGACGGGACAGCACGUAAGCCGACAAAGGUUGCGUAUCAUCUAUUUACCGAGAUGCUAAAGGACGACAAAGUCUCGGCUGAGAAGUUCAUCGCAGAGAAUGGAUGGGAAAAGGCGCCGGAAGUGGAGGUUGCCUACAAAAUUCUUGCGGGCGAAGAGAUAACAUACGAGGAGUGGGAAGAAAGAAAAAAGAAGAAGAGAGAAGAGGAAAAAGAGGCGAACCCCGAGGCGGAGGCGGAGAGAAUACGUAAGAGGGAAGAACACAAACUGAAGAAAAACAAAAAACAAGACAAAUCGGAAAGGAAGCUGCAAAAAGCCGAGGGGCGUACGACAAUCAAGGCGGACUCAGACGAGAAGAGUAGUGAUUCCUCGACCUCCUCCUCCAGCUCGGAUAGCAGCUCGGACAGCAGCGACGUGGACCUGGAAGAUUCCGAGCAGCACGAGGUUUUGGACUUCGUCGAACUGCUGCAUUGCUACGACGCGAACGACGAGCUGGACGGGCGGGAGCCGCAGAGCGACGACGAAGACCUCUACGCUGACGACUUCGACCCGGACCUGGAUGUCGACGGGGACUACGCAAACCUGUCGCUUCCCUUCCGAAAGUGGGCGCAACGACGGCAGUUCGGCGAACUCGGCGAGAAGAUCGACACCAUCGACCGGCAGUUGGGCGCGGACGCGGGGGGCGGAGCCUUGCCGAUUGCCAAAGAGGAGACUGAAAAGUUCGCCAAGAAAAAACCGGAGGAGGACAAGGAAAUCGAGACGGACAUGGCCCUGGUGCAGGGCAUGGAGAACUUCUUCCGGCACUGGGACGCAAAGUGGAAAACCGCGGCGGUGCUCGGGGAGGAAGCAUGCGAACAAUCCAAGCUUCCGCUCCUUGCUGAGUGGCUGGAUGCGCGGGAAGCCUUGCAGAUGGGUCGGGAGGAGCCAGCGGCGAAGAUCUGUCCGGAAACGGGGUUGCCCACAAUCGAAGCUGCCCCCGAUGAGGCGACGAUGCAGAAGGAGAUCCGAGAAGCGAGGGAGAAAGGUUUGGUAAAGAACCAAGCAAGCGAUUUGGAUAAAAGCGACGACAACGUGCCAAAAUUGUCACUGACGACACGGUACGCCACCACCAACCGCCCAGACAUGCCGUUUCCGGAAUUUGAUGACGUCUUUGACUUGCUGGACCCGGCAAAUGCUGCCAGGCAACCCUACAGCCUCGUAGACCCACCUAAGAAGCAGCGUGCGAGCGUCACCUGGCCGAAAGAAUUUUCGCGAGAAGAUGAGAAGAAUUUGCUGCAGUCUUUGAAGACCAUCCGUGACAUCGAUGCAGCGCCUCUACAGUCCAGCAAAGACUGCGAGAGCGACCUGAUUCGUGCGUGCUGCUUUCUCCAGCUGAUGAUACCCUCCAACAGCGACUAUGAUAAAGAGAAGGAUAAGCACGAGAAGGAAAGACUCGCGAAACACGCCUCUAGUGGAGCCACGGCGACGGCCUCAACUGCGGAUCCGGAACAAAUCAAGCGCGCCGACCGCGAAUGUGAAAAAUACGUAAGUCAAAGCAAGAGGGUUUUCGACAGAUUCGCAAAGGAAGAGAAGAUGUCCCCGGCAGCGCUAUUAGAUGCGAAAUUGAUCAGCACGCCCGUGGAUCUUUGCCACUAUGCAGCGGAGCAAUUGGAUUUGUUGGUGAAGUUCUUUGAUAAGAAUCCCAGGCUCACAAAGACGGAGAAAAGUGCGCGGGUCAUCGCCUGCACGGAGCAACUUUUGGCCCAGAAGAUCGCGAUGGACGCAGGCCGCGACGUCGCUGACGUGACAGCUGAGCAGAUCCAAGAGCUGAAAGAGAUUUUCGUGAAAGAAGCGAGAAAGCGAGAACUUGCAAAGCGCUUGGAGGUACCACAAGGAAAAGCAGGCAGGUCUGAGCUUUUGUUCGCUGACGAGUCGGAUUCUACGGAGUUCUAUGAUUCUGGGGACGAUGUCAGGGGAAUCAAGCACAACCAAGAGGUGAUCGCUGUGGACCUGAAGCUAAACACGGUGAAAGAGGAAAGAAACAUUCCGGCUGAGCUGUGUACAACGGAAGGCAGCGACGAAAACAGCGAUGACGGUGACCCAGAGGUGAGGAAAAACAUUAGGCUCAAGCGAAAGAAACGGGAGCAAAAAAAUUGCGCGUUUUUUCUCCAGGAGUCCGUUCCGGUCCUAACCGCUAUGAAGCAGCAUAAGAAGGCAGCAGAGGCGGAGCGCAUGGACAAAAUGCAAUCACAACUGAUCCAGCGUGUCGCGGAGCGAAGGCUGGAGCCGCUAACGCGGGACUUGUUCGAGGCGCAUCUAGUGGACUGGAAUUUCCCGGAGUUGUUUCUGCAGGAAGAAGAUAGUGAGUUCUUCCCGACGCUGGAGUGGAUCACGGGGUCGGAGAAAGUCGUGCCCGAAGACGAGAUUUCGGCCGCGUUGAACAAAGUUUUCGAAGGCAAGGUGGCCGAAGAAGAGGCUCCUGCACUGGAUGGCUCUUCCAAAAACAAGAGCAGAAAGGGAUCGUCGCCAAGACCAAAAAAGGACGUGGCCGGCCUCGCAGCUAAGUCAGGAAACACGACUGGACAGCCUGUGACUGGUGACUCAUCAAGCGACGACGACGAGUAUGUGAUACCAGAGGGGGCGUGUUUUUCUGAUGCUGACAUCGCUAUGGACGGAGGCAGUGAUAGCACGACAGCGAGGGACGAAGUGGAAGGCUUCACGAUGAUUUCGGAGGAAGAGCUGCUUACCAAGUUCGGCAGCAAAUCGCACGCAGCUCGGAACGUUUUGAGAAAUGAGGCGGCGCAGGACAGGAAAUCGACGCUCGCGACUGCUCAAGGAUAUCACCCCCUGGCGCUUCACGACAGAACACAAGAUGAUGGAGACGAGGAAGAUGCUGAUGUUGACGAGGCAGGUUCUAGUAGAAAUACAACUUCAGCUGCUGUUGCAGUGGCGGCUCGUCGCGGCGGUCCGUUUGACGGCUGUUACAACCCACAGGUCCGAGAGGCCAGAAAGGCCCUAGUGAAUGAUCGGACGCGGCUCGAGCGCGAGUCCGUGGAGACCAUGCUGCUGAAGAUGGGCGUCGACCUCACUUUUCGCCCGGAGUUUUUCGAUCGGUUCUGCGCGAGCCCGCUGGACACCUACGACACGACCAACAGCGUCGAUUUCCGAGCGAACUCGAUCAUUUCCGAGUUGCUGCAAGUGGUCGAGAGCAACGACGCACCCGAAGACGACGGCUCGGCUGCGGACGAGGACAGGUAUUGGGCCGAAAAGCAGCCGCACCCGUCCACGCUGCCCUGGAUCGACAUUUUGGUUCCUUUCUACGACACGGAGAAAAAAGCGGAAAAAGAGAAGCAGCUGCUGGAGCAAGCAAGCGAGGAAAAGGAAAAAUCCGCUUACUUUCAGGCGUAUCCGGGGGCCUUCAAGGCGGAAGAGAAGGCGUGGAAGAAGAUGCGGCUGUACUUGAUCAAAAAGAAAAAGGCCAAGUUGAGCGAAGAAGAAGUUGAGGCCGCUCGGAUGAAAAUUUUUGCGAACGCCCCGGACUUGCAGCACGCGGCAAAGGUUGCGGCCAGCAGUCCAAACGCAGAGCAACAAAGUAGUGCAGCGGCCCUCCUGAGUGAGAAAACGCUGCAUGUGCAGCGGAGAUUUACCAGGCGGCUGAUGGACAAACGAAAGUAUUGGCAUGCGUACUACUACGAAAAUGACCUGAUGUUGCCAGCGAAGAAUCUCUUGCCAUCCUGCAAACCCCCUUCCACCUCGAGACGGCAGCAGUUGGCUUUAAAUAAUGCUACAACUACAGCAGUAUCACCUGUUUCACCAGUGGAUGAGUCCGCGGCAUCCAGUGACGCGGCAGCAGACGAGGACAGUUCGAGCGACUCCGAUUCCGAAGAAGACGACCCGUAUGAGCGGUUUCUCCUCUCCAUCGAAAAGGAGUACGACGAAUAUGUGCAGAACGAAUGCGGUGGCAAGGAGCCGGAGCUCUGGCUCACGAAGGAGAUGCUGCGGACGGGAAGGUAUCCCAGGGACAAGAUCAAGCCCGGCCCUGUUUUCCGCGACGAACUUUCACCUUCUUCUGACGAGGAGAAUAUUUUUGGCGAUGAGGAUCAAGAAGAGGAAGUAAUAAAUCCGUCCGCGACGCCGCCAAAUAUAUCUUUAACGCCCCCCGUGAGCAAGACGCCGAAGUCGAUCUUGAACCAGCCGAAAAAAACUUCCUCGCCCAAGCGAAAAGAGGAGGACGACGAGGACGAUUCGCUUUCGGAGCCGGACAGCAAGCGUUACCGGAUGAUACAGAUGGUAGCAGGCGACGAUGAAUACGAGCUGCCUGAUGAUUUCGACAAGGUCGCAGGAGCUCCCGAUCAUCUACCACCGUCCGGCAAGAAUGUAGAAAAAGCCAAAUCGGGUGGAGUCAUCCGUGCGUUGCGCGGCGAGCCCACUAUGGAUGACGAGGUAAAGAAGAUUGCGGCUAUGACUAAGGAUGAAGAUUGGAAGAAAUAUCUGCAAAAUAUGCACGCCGAAGCGGACGAAAUCAUCGCGAAAAAAGAAGAAAAAAACAGGAAAAGCAAGGCCUGGCAGCAAAUCACGGGUGCAGGAGAUGACGCGCAGUCAGAAAGCGAAACUGAUUUCGACGGCGACGACGAGCUUGCUGCGAGCUCCGGCUACGCAUUGCUCAGCGAGGACGGCGGAGAAGACCAAGACCUGAAACUGUUCGCGGACAGGCAUCAGCGAAGAAGACGGAAUGAUAGCGAAUUCAACGCGACCACGACAAAUGGUGCGGCUACCGGCAGCGCGGCUGAUAAUGUUGUAAUUCCAGCGUCCUCUUCAUCGUCUAGUACUUUUGCCGCGGAGAUCGACGACACGCGAAACCACGACUACGGCAAGUUUUUGCCCACGAACUACAUUCUGUCCUCCGUGCACUGCCAGACAGCAAGGGACGUGCGCUCCGAGGCGUUCGUGCGCGGAGACACGACGCUGGACAACCUCGCCGAGAUUCUGAUGCGCAUGGUGCUGCACAAAAGACGCAGAUCGAAAGCGUACGGACCCGACCCGCUAUCCAGCAACCGCCUCUCCCCGGUGGUGUUCACCUUCGAAAGCGUGCAGUUCAAAAACCACCACACGCACAUCGGCGAAGCGGUGUCUUUCCUCAUGUCGGAUCUGCCAGAAUCGGUAGAAACGAUAUUUGAAUUUUGCAGCUUUUUAGUCGUCAUGGUUGUACCCUUGCGUAGUUUUUAUGUAUUCCAAAUAAAAAAUCUUGAUUUAGUGCCUCUGUCUGCUACUUUAAACAAAGACUGCAAUUUUAUCACCGUCUUCAACCUCAUAUGAAUAUACAUGCAUCAGAGUCUCAAUCUCGUACAUCAAAUAACUUAUGGUGCACCCCAGGUCUUUCCUGCCGAGCCUGACGCUCCUUUGAUCGAAGCCCGCCGAAAGCUGGAAAAGCAUUUGUCGAGAAAUGUCACUUUCACCCAGAGAUGUCCCGCCGUGUCGACAAAAGACAUGGAUCCAAAAAGUGCCAGAAGGUACGAACUGAUCGAGGAGCUGGAGCACGUGCACCCGUACAGAAUAGCGGUGGACAUACACAAGGUGGCGAAUCUCCAGUGCAAGCAGGACUGGUACCGGAUGAAUCCCAACACGAAUCGCGAAGAGUACCAGAGAUACCCCAUGCUGGCCAACUGGUGCGGAAACUGCGGCAAAAAAAUCACCAGAACCGCACGGGAUCUGAUGCCACCAGGUACAAGAACUAAACUACACACUCACAACUCCUAGAAUAACUAACAACCUGCCUCUAAUGUUGAACUAGAAGCAAGGUGAUGACGAGACUGCGACUCCUCUGGUUGUGAUGUCAGUGUUUAUGUCGAAGUUGCAGUGACAAGUGGAAAAAUCAAAAUGAAUCGCCACGUCGAAUGGUGUGCAGCACGAUUAAAGUCUUCUUCACCUGGCUCGACUGCAGCAAGGCUCAACAUCUCGAGUAAAAAAAAUAGGAAGAUUAUCAAUUAUCACACCAGGUCAUAUGUGGUGGACAACAAGCAAGGACGCAGACGCUCUAAAGCUGAACAAGCUCUAUAGCAGCUACAUGUGGGAGACGUGGCUCUGUCGCGACUGCAAGCCCGGAAGGUACUGCUUACUGACCUUCUAUUUCGCUGUGCGUUAUAUUUUCGCUCAUCCUCAAAGAUAUUCCAUUGUGUGUCCCUAUCUUUUUCGUUGUGCUCAACCAAGAUUCACCGCGGAACUAGGAUUUUCUCGGCGUCGAGGCGCGCCUGCAGCGCAGCUGAGGAAAUGGUCACUUGAGGGUCUGUUGUCUCCCAUGGUUUUUCACUUUCUUCGACUCAUUCUUAUCAAAAAAUUCUCAAGUCACGUUUGUUUCUCGAUCGCACGACAGGGAGAACCCGCAGACGUUGUCGUGGAAGAUUUUCGAGAAAGCGGGCGAAAACAACUGGGAGCACCCCGACAAGCACGAGAAGGCUUCGCCGAAGUCAGAACUUAUGCGAAUCGAAGACGUGCUGGAGGUGGGCGACGAGGCCGACGAGGAAACUGGCUUUCACGAUCCAGACGACGACGCGCUGGCGGUAUCCAAUGCAAAAGUACUUACUUAUCGAACAUCUCGCUGUACUCAUUGCAAUGAUGCCUCUUCACAGAUCCGCUUUCCUACUCGACUCCGCAUGACCAACAUGAGACAAGUGUAUAGUUUGCAACUUUAUUCUUCCGUGCAAAAUAUAAAAUGAAUUUGUCAUGCGAUUUGUACUACUAGUGGGAUCUUCGUACUUUUGCAAUGCAUAGGCGGCGCAGGCCAGCAAAAAGCGCGAACCGAGUCCAGACUCGCCGGACUCCGACGAAGCGCUGGGGGAACUCAUGGCGGCGGUCGGAGGUGGUACAACUACAAGCGGCAGUAGCAAGAAACAAGACUCAGGCAGCGACAACUGGAGAAAGCAGUGGGGUCCGGAGUACGAGAAAUACGGGGGUGCAGGAGGGUACACCGACACACAGUGGCGGGAGUAUUUUGAAACUGCUGGAGAAAUGGGGGAAGAGAUGAAAAAGUGGUUCGAAAGUCGUCACAAGUCGGAUGUCCCCUGGGACGGCAGCAGCAGCAGUCGCAGCAGCCCGUCGCAGAGUGGGGAAAAGAAAAGCUCUUCCUCAAGCAGCUAUUCCAGUGGCGGACAAAACUGGACGCAAAGUCAGAACGAGGAGUGGGAGGGUUGGUACAGCUACGGCAGUUCCUCCGGCAGCGGCAGUAGAAGCAACCAAGGUUCCGGCACGCCGCCCAAGCUCCCACGAAAACAGGAUCCCGAAACUCCCUGAUACAACCGCGCGAAUUUUCGUAGAAGUCAACGUCCCAAAAAUUCUCCCUAGUAGGUACCGUCUUGAAGUUCCGACAGAAGUUUUGACUGGUUGAACUAUCGACGGACUCAAAAAGCGCUAACAAAGCGACCAGUAAGUAAAUCAUCAUCAACAUUCAAGAACAAGAGCAAGAUUUUCAUUUUCGUGAAGAGCACGCACAUCGAAUUUUUCAAUGAAACUUUUUUGAAGUACACAGAAUUUUCUAUUUCUACAAUCACGCAGUACAAAAAAUCGAGAUAUUUUUCGCACACAGGUGCAAGAUUUUAUCGGAUAAGCUACGACUUGCGUUGCACUAUGUGUAAAUACAUAUAGCGACCACCUUUCUUAAUAUAACACUUGAGUACAAGCCCGCGUAUUAAUUGUUCGCCGGGUUCGAUCGGUACAUUGAUUUGCUUGUUUGAUGUCGGAGCAGCUAAUCUAAUGUUCCACCUUGAUACUUUAUCGCACCGGCGCCGCGGUAAAGAGAAACAACGUACGACAUUUAGACAAAACUCAGAAGCGACAAAAACAACCCUCAUAGAAGUGUAAAAAGAAGAAAUGCCGCAGGUUCAUGGGGCGCCUCGGCAGACUGAAGCUGCCUUUCCGCUUCUAUUGAGGAUAGACCUCUAGCUCCCUUUUGGAAUACCAAAAGUAGCUUGUUGCUAUUGAAAGUGCUCCUCGAAACGACCUAUUCAUGCGCAUCAACAACGAUUAAUCGUAUAUAGCAGAAGUAGUGGUGAAACAAAGACAGCGGCAACAAGAGCUGCCACACCGGGUGUUCCAUGAACCUCCGAAGUCACUGAAUCUCUUGAACGCGUCGGAACUGGAUCAGAUUUACGAAAACAAGUCAGUGGUUAGUCAUGCAAGGUUCUUUCGCCUCCAAGUCCAAAGCGAAAGCGCUUCUUCAGGCCUGUCCUUGCUGUGGAUCCUCAAACUGAAACUUACUUGUGGUUGUCGUGGCCAGAUCUUUCUCUAGCAGCACAGCGUGAGCGAUGUCACCCCGAGAGGCGGAGACGAUCCAGUGUUGUUUUUUCUGGCGUUUAUCUACUCAGUUGUUUUGAGGAAGUUUUUGAUUCUAAAGGAAGCGUCCACACAGACCUGUACUAGCUGUAAAUCCCGAUUGUGGCUGGCUUGAUCUUGCUGUAGCGGCGUGUGGAGAUGCGACGCCAUUCCGAGAAAUGGAGGGCCAGCAGCGUGUUGCCUUUAUUUUGGAGAUAUUUUCAAUUGUCAUGUAGUUAGACGUCGCAAAGUCAUUAGGGAACGACUAAGGACCAGCAUAGCCAUCACUGCAGUUUUUUGUAUAAAUCACGCUGACGUCGAU